AUGCCUCCCGCAAUACCCGUCGAAAACGAUGCUGAGUCUGCGGCUGGCGACGAGGUCAAAGAUACAAAGGCAGACCCUUCUGACACCAAUAUGGCUGAUGAGAACCAAGAGGAGGAUGACGAAGAGGAAGACGAACAAACGGGCGCAAAAGAAAUCUUGAAAGAAUACUGGCAUGCAGCAGGUGGCAGACCAGAUCCUGAUGCACCAAAACAGACGAAAAAGCGUGGGCGCCAAUCGAAUGCCUCAACUAAGGCGACAGGAAAUUCCGCCAAGAAGCCUCGAACAAGUAAAGGCGGCCGUAAGUCUAACGGUGCUCUCGAGCAGGACGUCGACCAUGGUGGUCUAAUUGGCUUCACAGAAGUUGGUGAAGACGAUUGGAAACCACCGACAGCCAAGGAAGGAAGCUGGGACGCUCUAGUCCAGAGUGUUGAUACAGUGAUUCGGGAGGCAGCCGACGGUGAACUUUGGGGCUACCUCAUAUGGAAUGAAAAAAAUGACGAUGGUCGAUUAUACAGGAGCAGAGCGAAGCUACCAAUCAUUUACAAAGCCUGCCCGCAGCGCCUAACCCCUAUCGCCUCGCAGAUGCUACAAUUCUAUGAGAAGCAUCUUGUAUUUUCUACCGAUACCACCGAGACUGCUGGAGAGGAUAAAGAAGCUGCGUAA